AUGGCUUUCAAGUGGUCGUCCAUCCUCGCCCUCGUCACCCUCGCUACGUUGGCGAGUGCUGCGCCAACUCAGUCAACAGUCACCUGUUCCGACGGCACCGUAGUUCCAGACUCAGUGUGCUGCGAGUUCAUUCCGCUCAGGGAGGCACUCAACGACCAGGUCAUCCAGAGCGAUUGUGGUGAAGAUGCUCACGAGCUUCUCCGUCUCACUUUCCACGAUGCCAUUGCCAUCUCGCAGAGCUUGGGUCCCUCGGCUGGUGGAGGAGCUGACGGUUCGAUGCUCCUGUUCCCAACCGUCGAGCCGGCCUUCUUCGCCAAUCUCGGUAUCGCCGACAGUGUCAACAACCUGAUCCCGUUCAUGUCGCAGUUCCCCAACAUCUCCCCCGGUGAUCUCGUCCAGUUCGCAGGUGCUGUCGCCAUCACUAACUGCCCUGGUGCACCUCAGCUCGAAUUCCUUGCCGGUCGUCCCAACGGUACCGCCCCCGCCAUCGACGGCCUCAUCCCAGAGCCCCAGGACAGCAUCGACGACAUUCUGGCCCGCUUCGACGAUGCAGGAGGCUUCACGCCCUUCGAGGUCGUCUCCCUCCUCGCUUCGCACACCGUCGCCCGUGCGGACCACGUCGACCCCACGCUCGACGCUGCGCCCUUCGACAGUACGCCCUUCACUUUUGACACCCAGAUCUUCCUGGAGGUCCUUCUCAAGGGUACCGGCUUCCCCGGAACGGACAACAACACCGGCGAGGUCGCCUCUCCUAUCCCCGUCACGAACGGCACCGACGUUGGCGAGCUCCGCCUCCAAUCUGACUUCGGCCUCGCCCACGACUCGCGCACCGCGUGCUUCUGGCAGGGCUUCGUCAACCAGCAGGACUUCAUGGCCCAGUCCUUCAAGGCUGCCAUGGCCAAGCUCGCCGUCCUCGGCCACAACGCCGCGGACCUCGUCAACUGCUCCGCCGUCAUCCCCACGCCCCUGCCCGCCACCGGAAAGCCCGCCACGUUCCCGGCUACCUUGGGCCCCGACGACCUCGAGCUCUCGUGCACGACCGAGCCGUUCCCGUCCCUCACCACCGACCCCGGUGCCCAGGAGACUCUCAUCCCUCACUGCUCGGACGGCAGCAUGGACUGCGAGUCCGUCCAGUUCGACGGUCCUGCUACCAACUUCGGUGGCGACGACGACGACGACGACGACUCUUAG